UCUACAAUCUUUAGUUUUCCAAAACCCCUCUAACCAUGAAGUCCAUUGUGCUGUUGAUCGGUGUUCUGGCCGUUGCCAGUGCUGAAUGGAUCGAAAUCGAUUGGUCGCAAGUGCGCCCGAUUGAGGAAUUCGACCACUACUGGGCUCGUUUGCCGUCGGAGCUGCAGUUUCUGCGCAAGGCGUUCCCGAACCGUAGAAUUACCAACGGACAGCAGGCAACCCCAGGACAGUUCCCGUACCAGAUUGCUCUGCUGAGUACUUUCACCGGAGGUACCGGUCUGUGCGGUGGAUCCGUCCUGACCAACAACUUCAUCCUGACUGCUGCUCACUGUGUCCAGAAUGCCUUGGGAGGAACUGCCAUCAUGGGAGCCCACAACCGCCUCCAAGCCGAAGCAACUCAGCAGCGCAUUGCCUUCUCUGCGGCCGGAAUCCACAUGCACCCUGGAUACACCCCAACCAACAUCCGCAACGAUAUUGCUACCGUUCGUCUGAACAGCGCCAUGACCUUCAACGACCGUGUUGUCCCAACUCGUAUUCCUGCUGCUGGAGAUAACCGCUCCUUCGCCGGAGUUACCGGAACUGUUUCUGGAUUCGGUCGUACCUCUGAUGCCAGCACGGCAACUUCCGCUGUAGUUAUGUUCACCAGCAACCCAAUCAUGACCGAGGCCGAUUGUCUGGCCCGCUGGGGUGGAAACACCAACAUCAUCCAGGCUCAGAACAUCUGUCUGUCCGGAGAAGGCGGUCGCUCUUCCUGCAACGGUGACUCUGGUGGCCCAUUGGCUGUCCAGGACGGUGGCAGCCUGCAGGUCGGUAUUGUGUCCUUCGGCUCCGCUGCCGGAUGCUCGAUCGGUAUGCCCUCGGUGUACGUCCGCGUGUCGCACUUCAGAGACUGGAUUUUGGCUAACUCGGAUCUGUAGAUUUCUGCUGAUCGUAUGAAAAUAAAGUUAUAAUAAUUUAAGUUCCCAAGUUA